AAGUGACAUCCACAUCCCCUCUUGAGGCAUCCUCACGUUUUACCCAUAAAAUACGUUUUCGACCGAAAUUUGUUUUGGUAGCCGUGUGGUAGUUGCCUUUUAAACGAUUCCCACGGAGGAACGACGCGCUACUGCGUGGGCGGAUACUCAGAUACUCUUUCAGAUACAGAGAUAGAGAUACUGGAUAUACUGGAUAUACUGGCAGCCACAUCAUCAUCUGACUGCUCUGUCGUCUUACUUACUUACAUCAUGAUCAUCGGAUUCGGAUUCGGAUUCAGAUGCCCAGAUCAUCCACAACAGCCCCUCCCAAAUUAGUAUGCAUCGCACAAUGCGGCAUCGGACAUUAAAUGUGCGAGAGACACGUCGACCUCAAAAAUGGCAAACGGACGGAGUGACGAAAAGCUGGAGCUGCAGAUGGAGCAUACAUUCCAUCCAAAUCCAAAUCCAUUGCCAUGGAGCACAGCCACAUCAGCAUGAACGACCACAUCGCAUCCCCAUCAAGUACCAAUUUAAUGGCAGCUCUUCUUCUGUAGGAGCUGGCUCUUCAACUGCACAGCAAAAAAUCUGGGAUAGCUACAUCAGACUGGCAGAAAAGUAUUCCAGCAACGGAUACAUCGACAAGAGUUCAACUUCAGCGGAGGAAAUUCCCAUUCUUAUUCGCAUUUCCAGUCUCUCCGUCUCCGGAUGAAUGAUGCUCGGCUCGGAGAGCCUCCUGUGGCCAGGUUUUAUGUCUGACACGUUCUUUUAGCUACCUUCCUCGGUUUAAUGGACCCGCAGUUAACGAUCCAAGUUGCUGGUCGUAAAGCCCAUGGCAUUGAUCAUAAUCGAAGGCGCAGGAUAAUAAAC